AUGGAAAAAGUCAAAGAGAUCAGGCAGAAUUUUGCAAAGGCUGUUGUCGCAGGAAACAGAAAUGGAAGCAGUAAGAUUGUACACAAAUUUUACGAGAACUGAUUUUAAUAUGGGGUGGAUCAGCUAAUACCAAGCCUCUUACUUAUGGUGUGACAGCAGAUGAUCUUUUGGAGGAAAGCAGCGCUGACGAUGAUUCCAACGUUUCCAACUAUGACAAAAUUGAUCGGGAAAUACUGUUAGCAGAGGAAAAUGAGAAAGAAAAUAAUGAUCAAGAGGAUGAUUUUGAAAAGGAGGGUAUGAAAGAAUCCACCAGCACAAGCGAAGUUGUCCAAGUAAGCGAACAGGGAACUGUGUACCUCAGUUGA